AUGCUAACCAGCGACAUAAUCUUUGGAAUUAUUUUCCUCUACCAGAGUGUCUUUGGAUUCCUAGGAAACGCAACUGUGUUUGUGGUGUAUAUGAAGAGUUUCAUAACUCAGCCCCAGCAGAAGAAGCCCAAAGACCUGAUUCUUACCCACCUAACCGUGGCCAACACGGUGACCCUUCUUACCCGUGGGAUCCCAGAGACCAUGGUGGAUUUUGGGAUGAGGAAUAUUUUCAAUGAUGUUGGGUGUCAGAGUGUCAUGUACAUUAACAGAGUAUCUCGUGGCCUUUCCAUCUGCACCACCUGUCUUUUGAGUGUCUUCCAAGCUGUCACCAUCAGUCCCAAUACCUCUCAGUUGGCUAGGUUCAAACCCAGGGCACCCAAAUACAUCCUCCCUUCCUUCCUCUUCUUCUGGAUCCUCAACAUAUUGAUCUACAUCAAAGUGAUUAUCUCCAUUCAAGCAAUCAGAAAUGUCACCAUCGUGGGGCAGGGCUAUGUUUUGAAAUACUGUUCCACUAUUCCGGAUCUAGAUUUUAUCCACUCGAUUACCUUUAUAAGUGCCAUGACUAUUCGAGAUCUCUUCUUCAUAUUCCUCAUGAGCUGGUCAAGUGGCUACAUGGUGAACGUGCUCUAUCGGCACCGCAAACAAGUCCAGCAUAUCCACAGCACCUGUAUCACCCCCAGGUCCUCUGCAGAGACCAGAGCCACCCAGACCAUCGUGGUCCUGGUCAGUUGCUUUGUUUGCUUUUACUGGAUCAACAGCUUUAUAACAGUCUAUCUGACCAAUGUAGUUGAUAAAGAUCUUCACCUCGAGAGCACAACGGCUUUUCUCUCGGCCUGUUACCCCUCCCUCUGUCCCCUGGUCCUGGUCAGCAGUGAUCCCCGGAGAGAUGGAAGCCUUCUGGAAUUCACAUCCUGUGCCAGUUUACUUUUUGAAAUGAUCCUGGAGAUUUUCCCCGGGACUAGAACUUUUUCAUUAAAUGAAGCAACUAUACCCUUAGAAUGGCUUGACCAGACAAAGUCUCAGUCUGGGGAACUUGAAUCGAAGGAGUAUUAUGGGGAACAGAAUCAGUUGAUCUUAAGGCCCUUGGAAGAAGACAAUUGCAAAUCAAGUUUCAUUUUACAUUUUCUGUUCAUUUCCUGGAUUGUCUUGUUUACCCGGACUAUGUUUGUUACCCUCUUUGUCCUGAAUUUAGGUGCUGCAGGGAGUCUGAGGAAAUCAGCCACCUACACUGGCCUUCCUAGCCCCAUUCUCGUUGUUCCCCUUGGUUUUCCGGACCCUUGCCAGAAUUCUGGGAUCAACAAGAAGUCUUUCCAGUCACCCAUCAUUCCUCUAGCUGUGAAGCGGGAAAAGGAAGAUAAUUGUGUGGAUUUGGAGUGGAAGAAUGCUGAAGGGAGCAGCAGAGGGCAGAUUCAGGCACAGGGAAAGGGACCAGGACAGGAUGAAAAACUUGUGGCUACUAGAAUAGUGAAAUUCCAUCCUUUACUUGCAACUGUCCAGGUAAAAAGCUGA